AAUAUAUUUCUAAAAAUGAUUCUUUUUCCUAUGCAGGUUGGAUUGUAUAUGAGUGAUAAGCUAACCCUUGUUUUAUCUGACAAAGAUAACAUUCGAGUGAGCUUCGUGAAGUCAUUGUUCGAUGAUCACUGGCAUCAAAUAGCCUUCAGUGUGCGAAGAAACACUGUUUCCUUCUACUUAGAUUGUGAACAUAGUGCAAAGUUGCCUUUACCUGGCAAAAUCCGACCUUUUGGAAUGCAAUCGGCUACUAUAAUAGUUGGAAGCACUGGUGAACAUGAGCUGGAUGCUUUUCAGGGAGAUGUUGAGCAGAUAACAGUUACUGGAAGUCCUGAUGCAGCUGAAAAACAAUGUAACUCCACCACGCAGCCUUUUUAUUCGAGAUCCGGAACAUAUGCUUUGCGGCAGGAAAUUAGGGUGAAACCCACCGUGUCUUCCAAACCACAAAAUGACCAACUUCCUUUAAGGGGUGACAUCAUCAUUGACGAUGAAGAUUUUAGUUUUGAAGACCCUGGAUCAGGGCAAGGGAGUCCGAAAACUGAUGAUGAUUAUGACGAUUAUGAAGACAAGGAAACAACCAUUAAAGACAAGAUACCGCUAAAAGCAGAGAACGAUGAUACAGAAAAUGAAAGUGAUGAUGAUGAUGAUGAUAAAGACUACGAAGACGAUGAAAACAAGGACGACGAUGAAAACAAAGACGAUAAAAACGACGAGGAUGAUUACAAUGACGAAAAAAUGGAACCCGAUGAUGAAAAAGAUGACGUUAAAGUAAAAGAUGAUAAUUUCAUAGAUAACAAAAGCAAAAAAGAUGGUGAUAAUGAUGAUAAAUUCAGUAACAAAUAUGGUAAAGAACAAAAAGAUAAUGCAAACGAUGACGAUGAAAAAUUCAGCAGCAAAAAUAAAAUCGUAGAAAAUGUUAUAAGUGAAAAUGAAAAGAUAUUUCACGAGUUUCGGAAAGCUAAUGAUACAAUUGAAAAUGAUAAAGUUGAUUCAAGUUCUGUACGUAAAGAAGAUAUUUACGAUUACGAUGAGAAAUGGAAUUUUGAUAUGAAAAAUAAUGAUAAAAGUAUUCGAAAUAUUUCUGCUGACGAUAAAAGCCUGGAGCAUAAAUCUGAAAUUCCAUAUGACUUUAGUCAUUCGGAUGAAGAAGACGACAAUGAGGAUGAUAAUCUCGAAGGUUCUGGAUUCCAAUUAAAAGUUGAACUUGCAUGGUCAGAGUGGUCCCCAUGCAGCAGCACUUGUAACUGGGGUAGGCGUACAAGGACCUCUUAUUGUCUGGACAACGGUGUUGACUUGGAAAAAUGCAGUUCUAUCAGCUCAAAACGGACGGAAACUGAAGCUUGUUUUUUAAGACUCUGUCCACCACUUACAACAACGCCGACUUCUUUCAUAUCACUCAGUCCUCCACCGAUUCUUUACAAUAUUACAGGAGUCAGAAUGAAGCUGAAGUGUAAAGUGUACUGUAAAAAUGGGGGUACGUGCCAACCGCCUUACAAGUGCCUGUGCCCUCCAGGUUUCUAUGGAAGCUUGUGCCAGUACGAGAAGCAAUCUUGUCGAGUUAAUUGCCGCAAUGGUGGCUCUUGCCUACCUCCUUCAACAUGUAUUUGUCUACAAGGAUUCUAUGGACGAGAAUGCGAGUUUGGUAGGUAAUACAUUCAUAGUAAU